AACGAAAGCUCCAAGAAAGUAAAUGAGAGAGAAAAGCUACAGAGAGAAAGAGAAACAGUCAUUUACGAAUCUAAGCUACAGUCAAUCCAUUUCACCUCUCUCUCUCUCUCUCACACACACACACGCAAUUCAUUCGAUCUCUGAUCUGUAUUUUAUAGCAAUCUCAGAGGUUGAAUUCCUCAAAUUUGACGGAAAGAGAAUCUUCAGAAUUCUAGUCGAGGUCAUGAAAUGACUAUGUAGUUUUCAGCGUUUUUGUGAAAUUAGGGUUGUGGAUUUGAUGUAGCAGAGAUUUAGUUGUGCUUUUGUAAUUUUAAGAUUCAAUCAUGUUAUCAAAUCAUCUACAAAACGGCAUGGAGACGGCGAAGCUAAUGUGGUCUCGGCUUCCGAAUUCGGAGAAUGGUGAGGUCGACGAGCUCGGCCGUUUGAAUAAGGGCGAUGGAAGCAGUGUGGAGAGCCUUGACUAUGAAGUGAUCGAGAAUUAUGCGUACAGGGAAGAGCAGGCUCAGAGAGGAAAGCUAUAUGUUGGAUACUAUGUGGGUGUGAAGUGGUUCUUUGCUUUGCUGGUCGGUAUCGGUACCGGAUUAGCUGCUGUUUUCAUUAAUCUUUCUGUCGAGAAUUUUGCUGGAUGGAAGUUUUCCUUGACCUUUUAUAUCAUACAGAGGUCAUAUAUCGCGGGAUUUUUGGUAUAUGUUUUAAUCAAUUUGGCUUUAGUCUUUUCUUCUGCAUAUAUUGUCACGCAAUUUGCACCAGCAGCAGCAGGAUCUGGUAUUCCUGAAAUCAAGGGUUAUUUGAAUGGAGUUGAUAUACACGGUAUCCUACUAUUCAGAACUUUGAUUGGAAAGAUAUUUGGAAGCAUUGGUUCAGUGGGAGGUGGUCUAGCUCUUGGUAAAGAAGGCCCUCUUGUUCACACUGGUGCUUGUAUAGCUUCUUUGCUUGGACAAGGUGGUUCUACAAAGUAUCAUCUAAGUUCAAGGUGGCUACAAGUUUUCAAAACUGAUCGUGAUCGCCGUGAUCUUGUAACCUGUGGAUGUGCAGCUGGAGUUGCUGCUGCUUUCAGAGCUCCGGUUGGUGGUGUGUUAUUCGCAUUAGAAGAAGUUACAUCUUGGUGGAGGAGCCAACUUAUGUGGCGUGUGUUUUUCACUUCUGCUAUAGUGGCUGUUGUAGUGCGUACUGCGAUGGGAUGGUGUAAGAGUGGAAAUUGUGGACAUUUUGGCUCUGGGGGCUUCAUAAUAUGGGAUGUCUCAGAUGGUCAAGAGGACUAUUCAUUUGAGGAGUUGUUGCCAAUGGCAUUUAUUGGUAUUAUUGGAGGUCUUCUUGGAGCUUUAUUCAAUCAGCUUACUCUUUAUAUAACUCACUGGCGUCGAACUCAUUUACACAAGAAAGGAAACCAAGUUAAAGUUAUUGAAGUGUGUCUUUUAUCUGUUAUAACCUCAGUUAUUUCGUUUGGAUUACCACUUUUUAAAAAAUGCAGCCCGUGCCCUGAACCAGAUCCUAACUCUGGUAUUGAAUGCCCUCGCCCACCAGGAAUGUAUGGGAAUUAUGUAAAUUUUUACUGUGGCAAGGACAAGGAAUACAAUGACCUCGCAACUAUCUUUUUCAACACUCAGGAUGAUGCAAUACGAAAUUUAUUUAGUGCAAAAACUAUGCAUGAGUACAGUGCCCAAAGCCUGCUGACAUUUUUGGUCAUGUUUUAUACCUUGGCAGUGGUGACUUUCGGUACUGCUGUUCCAGCUGGUCAAUUUGUUCCUGGUAUAAUGAUUGGGUCAACCUAUGGGCGUCUUGUAGGCAUGUUUGUUGUUAGCUUUUACAAAAAGCUGAACAUUGAAGAGGGAACAUAUGCUUUACUUGGAGCUGCUUCUUUUCUUGGAGGUUCCAUGCGGAUGACAGUCUCCCUCUGUGUUAUUAUGGUUGAAAUUACUAAUAACUUGAAGCUCUUACCUCUGAUCAUGCUUGUUCUCCUUAUAUCGAAGGCAGUUGGUGAUGCUUUUAAUGAAGGUUUGUAUGAGGAACAGGCUAGAUUGAGAGGUAUUCCAUUGCUUGAAUCAAGACCCAAAUACCAAAUGCGGAAUAUGACAGCAAAGGAGGCCUGCGGGAAUCAAAAGGUUGUCUUCUUGCCACGCAUUGUCAAUGUUGCGGAUUUAGUCUCUAUUUUGAGGAGCAACAGUCACAAUGGCUUCCCUGUUAUAGAUCACACAAGAAGUGGAGAAACACUUGUAAUCGGGCUCGCAAUACGAAGUCAUUUGUUGGUACUUCUGCAGUCUAAGGUUGAUUUCCAGCAUAGUCCUUUGCCAUGUGAUUUGCAAGGUGGUUCUCUUCCAGUCAGGCAUAACUUUGGCGAAUUUGUAAAACCUGCUUCCAGUAAAGGAUUAUCUAUAGAUGAUAUUCAUGUAAGUCCAGAUGAUGUGGAAAUGUACAUAGAUCUUGCCCCUUUUGUAAACCAGUCUCCAUACAUUGUCCCUGAAGAUAUGUCUUUAACAAAGGUGUAUAAUCUUUUCCGCCAACUAGGACUGAGGCAUAUAUUUGUUGUUCCCCGUGCUUCUCGUGUAAUUGGUAUGCUUACCAGGAAGGAUUUGUUAAUUGAGGAAACUGAAGAUUCCACUGCAGUGGAGCUCCAAUCGACUAGUGUAAGGUCUCUAUGCUGCUUUGCCAUAUACGUCUAUCAUCAUAUGCACUAUUAUUUUAAUGUAUAUUGAAAUUCAAUAUUUCACAGGUUGGAAGCUAAGUUAAAAUUUAGCUUCACCAUGUGAAAAGGAUGAAAAAUUGAAUUGCUUGAAAAAAAGAAAACCCUUGGAGAUUGCGGGUAAUGUCAUAAGAUGUGUAACCGGUCAGAAUUCCUGGAUAGAUAUAUACAUAUGAGUAUGGAAGAAUGCUAAAGCAUGAAGUAAAUAAAAAGAAUUAUGUCCUGCUUUGAGAUUUUUCGUUUGAUGAGAAGUAAAGAGUAUAAUAUGUCCCCUUUUUAAGUUAUUAUUCAUCUCAGGGUCAAGCAUCAUUAAAUGGAUGGUCUUUUCUCUUGUUCAUUGAAUGUGCAAAUACUAAGUUUAUUUUGGAAAAGUGUCGAUAUGUAGUACCAUUUUUCUUCAUCUGCUGGUUAUGUUGUUAUAUUUGAUCUUCUAUAAGAUCGGUCUGGACUUUCUUUUGCUUUUUAUUUAGGAUAAUGGGAGAAUCGUCCCACCCAGACUUUCUUUUUCAACCAUUCCAUCAACCAGUGCGGUAAGAUGAUUGCAUCAUGUUAUAUGUGAUGGAAAGAGGUUACUGGUGACUCUCUCUCUACUUUUUAUGUAGUAGUUAAAAUUAACCUUCUAAAAUGGUAGCCAUUGAACUAGUACAAUUUGUAUGGUAAUUGGUAACCAUCCUAGCAAUAUGGUACUCUUCUGCAUCGGACUUGGAACUUUCGAUACGACUUUUAUGGAGUCCAUUCCCAAAGAGGUGCCCCCCUCAGUAAAGUGCUUGCAGCUUUCGUCCAUCCAUUGUUGAAAGUGUAGCAUUCUACAAGAUCGGCCCUUUUACCCUAAUCAUUCAUCUCUUUUUGACUCAUUGCAAAUUUUUGUUGGCAGAGUUCGACAACAUGACAGAAGCACAGGAACAAGGAAUGCAGAUGCGGGCCACCCACUACUCGAUGGUCUUCUUGUUUAAGUAUGUUCGACAAUGUGACCGAAGCACAGUAACGAGAAAUGCAUAUGCAGAGCAUCCACAGUUUUACCAGGCUUACUGACGUUGCUGGCUCACUUUCACCAAUACCGAUUUUCAUCUGCUUCCUCGUUAUUUUGUUGCUGGGUAUCAGAUUCUUCAUUCUCGUCCUGUCACGUAGGUUAUAACCUUGUAGGAAGAGUAUAUAGUGCAUUCAUUAUUGUCCCCUUCUCAUAUUAUUAGGGGUUAUGUAACCACACCAGCUAUAUUCUUGUACUAGUUAUUGUCUGUGCCUGAAGGCACAGUAAUUAAAAAAAAUAGUUAACAAUAAAUAUAUUUGUAUUCACAUUUAAAAUUCAUUCACAU